AUGGUUUCACAAUUAUUCGAAGAUAAAGCUAAAGAAGUCAACGAAUUAAAGACUAAGCCAAACCAAGAUGAGAUGUUGAAGUUAUACGGUCUUUACAAGCAAGCUACGGUCGGAGACAACACUAAUGCCAGUAGACCCUCCAUGUUUAACAUGAAGGAUCGUUACAAAUGGGAUGCUUGGGAAGCUUUGAAGGGAAAGUCUCAAGAAGAUGCCGAAUCAGAAUACAUCGCUUUAGUUGAUCAAUUGGUUGUCAAAUACGGCAAAUAA